CCAAACACUACGGCAAUCGAAGCAAUUGAUUCGAAGCCGAAAGGAUUUUGUUCGCACUAAGAAUCAAGAAAUCGAAGGAAUUGUCAGCGUUUUUACUCCGAGAUAUACUUCGACACUGUUUUAAUAUUGUAUUUUGCAAUGGCUCAUCUCGAACAGUUGACUCCACAAGAGCGAGAAUGGGCACUCGCUUUGGAUGAAGCGAUUUACGGGGAAGUCAACCAAGGAGUUGGAUGGAGUCUUUCUCCGAGAGGGAAUAGCAGCAAUGAUCCUAAAACCACGCCGACGACAACAAAUUCGCGAGCUGCUACUGAACUGUACGGCAAGCCGUCGGACUUUGAGAUUGUAGCACACGCAAUCCGUGCCAAGGGCGAUGUCCAAAGAGGACUUAGGCGACUCAAGCGCAUGAAGAUGUUCAAGGAUGAAUACAGCGUUCCCGACUUCGACUUGGAUAGUAGUAGUAACGAUCCGCUGGAACCUAUCCUCAGAGUGAUGAAGAAAUUUCAUUUGGCCUACCCCCAUUUUAUACAAAAAAUUGGGAUGGACAAAUUUGGACGCGUUGCGGUCCAACUUCAGUUGGAUGGACUUAGAUGGUCGCUUUCGCCACCUUUCAAUCACACUGAAACUGAACGAUUUCAAGCUUUCUGCUUUUUAUUGCACGCCACACAACCUACCCUUGAAUCAAUUCGUCGCGGAACAGUAUGGAUCGGGGAUCUCCGAGGUAUUUCGCAACGGCCAUCUUCUUCUAUGUUUCGCGGCGCGCGAAUGCUAUUUAGAGAUUCCUAUCCUAUCAAAGUCGAAGAUAUACCGGUUGUAGAUUGUCCACCUAAGUUCUCGGUUGCAUAUGCAACCACAUACCCCUUUUUAUCGAGUCAUUUUGUCGACAAAUUUGUUCGAGUUACACCGGAGGUACUCCGACAACAUUUUCCACCUGAAUUAUUGAGCGAUCGACUACGAGGAAUCAACAAUACGAAGAACGAUAACAUCAACAAGCGACGAUUUCGAUCUAAAAAGGCUAGCAAGAAUAAUGCAACCGAUCAGAAUACUAACGCUGUCGAUAUUGCUUCUAUGGAUGGAGAUGAAUCUGAAGCCUCGUGGGAAAAUCUUGACGAUGAUGACGAUGACGUCGUAAGUUAUGGUGGUAAUAACGGUAAUAAUUCUGGUAAUGGGAGUGUUGGCAAUGGGGAAACGGACGAGAGUGAGGUUUUGACGCGAAUAGAGCGACUCCUUCGAAUGCGAUUCGAGACAGAAAAAAAUUUUCGACUGGCUUGAUCGUUGUCUUCAGACACCAUAAUUCUUUUGCAGUGAAAGCAUUUCAAUGGAUCCAAGGUCGUUGCAGAUCUGUGGUAGCAAUAAUUUCCCAUCACUUUUCACGAAUCAGAAUUGCUUUACAAAGGUAUCUCUUUUUCCUUUCCUUUGGCAUAGCAAACCAUGAUAUGAUCUGCGUUGGUAGAGUGAGUCAUACGGAACUACGGUUGCUGACUUCACUCAAAGCUGACUCUCUUUAUUUGAGCCUCAUCUCGCAUAGCAAGAACCUAUUCAAUUUCUCUCUCCUGCAGCGUUGGCUUCUCUUGCACCAUUUUGUUUUCCUAAUCUUUUAUGUAAACAAUCAUCAAAUCAAAAACUUAUACCGGU